CCUCCAUUAUUUAACUACAUGCGGUGUAGGCGACUGACUCAGCACUGUACACCCUAGGGCCAUCGUCCAAAAGCAGAAAAACAGCCGGAUAUCUAUUGGACAUCUCAGUCGUUAUUUUUAUCCGUAAAGAAAAAUUUGAAAAGACUAUAUAGCGUUCUUUUAUUUUUAAACAAAAAAUUAUCUGUUGUGUCUGCUCAAAUUACCAGUAUAUACCUGUCGUCUGGUUUGUGACAGCUAAAUGGCGGACAUUGGUGAACCCUGCAGACGAUGUGUUUCUAUUCGCAAAAGGCCGAUAUUUGUGGCAAUAAUUGGAAUUUUGUACUUGACUUUUUUGGUGGGGUUGACCACUGCUACCCAGGAAGUCCAGCAGCUCUCAGAGGGCGCAAACUAUUUAAUGAAGUAUGGGUAUAUAUCUGCUGACGACGAGCGCUCUGGGUCGCUCCGAUCCCCCGACUCCAUCAAACAAGCAGUGCGACAGUUCCAGAGGUUUGCAGGACUUCCUAUCACGGGGAUCCUGGACAAGGCAACAGUUGACAUGAUGGGUAAGCCUCGUUGUGGUGUCAAGGACAAUGUCGGAAAUGCAAACAAAGCGCGCAGGCGCCGCUAUGCUUUACAUGGAAGUAAAUGGUCAGAGAAAGAUCUCACGUUCCGGAUUUCUAAAUACAGUGACAAAAUGUCAAAAGAGGAAGUGGAUAAAGAACUUCAACGCGCAUUUGACGAAUGGGGCAAAGUCACGCCCUUGACAUUUACCAAGGUAACAGGGAAAGCUGACAUUGAUGUAAGAUUUGAAAAAAGAUGGCAUGGAGACAAUAACCCUUUUGAUGGAAGGGGUCAAACUUUGGCGCAUGCGUAUUUCCCGCGGUAUGGUGGUGACGCCCACUUUGAUGAUGAUGAGAGGUGGACAAUUAAUAUUCGUAGUGGUGUGAAUUUCUUUCAAGUAGCUGUUCAUGAAAUCGGCCACUCGUUAGGCCUGGCUCACUCCGAUGACUACAGGGCUUUAAUGGCCCCCUUCUAUAAGGGCUACACACAGGAAUUCCGCCUGGACAGUGAUGACGUGGAGGCAAUACAGACCCUGUAUGGAACACCUGCAUCAAGACGAAAACCCAAACCUAAGCCCACUAAACAGGUCAUUGUACCAAAACCAACUAAGGCAACGGUGACGAAAAUCCCGGAGAUCUGUAGGGACCCAUCUAUUGACGCUAUUACCCGGACGAAAGACGGCAAUACAUACGUAUUCAAAGGGAAUUACCACUACAGACUGAAUGGUGCCGGUAUAGAUAAGGGUUAUCCACGACCCAUAUCCUGGGACUGGAAGGGCGUGGACGGACCAGUUGAUGCCGUACUUACCUGGGAAAAUGGAUUUACCUACAUAUUCAAGGGUACUAAAUACUGGAAAUUCUUCAAUAGAAGACGCAUUUAUGGACCAAAUAAGAUAAAAGACGGUUUUAGAGGUGUCCCCGAUAACGUGGAAGCAGCUAUGGUUUGGGGAGGGAACGGCAAAACGUAUUUUUUCAAAGGAGGUCAAUACUGGCGUUAUUCUGGUCGGAAGGUUGACUUCGGAUACCCCAGACCAACAACCCACUGGAGAGGACUUCCCAAAAAAGUCACAGCGGCAUUCAGAUGGAAAAAUGGAAGGACCUACUUCUUUAGCGACAGAAAAUAUUAUCGCUUCAAUGAUCAACUGUUUAUGACGGAUACGUCUUAUCCAAGAGAAGUAGCAACAUGGUGGCUGGGCUGUCCAGACCAAGGUACUAACGCAAACAUCAAAGAUCCGUACGUCAGACUAGAGACCAAUCGUCCGGACGAACAAUGGAUCAUUAUAGACGACACAAAUGUCAGUCCUCCCCAGCCACAAACCAAUCAGUCAGGCCGUCUGUUUGAUCCCCUAUCCCCAGUCUAUUCCAUUAUCUUGUGUUUUGUACUCUUCCAUUUAAAUCGGUGGCGAUUUCCUUGAUGAAGAGCACAGAAUAGUGGGGCUUUUUUACGAGCUGAAAAACGUAACGUGAGACUCCGUAAAAGACAAAGGGAACGAAAGUUGCUCUGCUCUGAGAGAUGGGUUCGUCCGGGCUGGGAGACGACUGAGGAGUGAGACUGUUACAUUCCCUUGGAACUUUUCCUCGGAAAAGUCUACAGGCAUCUUUUUCCGUCCGUGCCACGCUGUGAUAUACCAUUGUACAGUGCUGAAAACUGGCACUUUUAUUAACGUUAUUUAUGAUAUGUAAAUGAAGUGCUAUUCCAGACUGUGCAAUUAAACAUACACAAUCUAUGAUAAUUAAAGGUUAUAAACUUCGUUAAUAAUUCACUGAUUAAUUUAUCAUUCCAUGAUAAUGAAUCCAAUGGAAAGAAUUAUAACAAAUAUACUGUAAGAGACAUGAAUGUUUUGCAAUUGAUGAAUGUGUAUUGUUUUGCUGUUGCAUGUACUUCUGUAACGUGAAUAUAUGUAAUGUAUGUUUGUAAAAAUUAGUACUUGAAUUUUAUUCUUUGCAUCAUAAUCAUAAAUGUGAUCUAGUCAGCCACGAGAAUUGAAGCAUGAUUUUCAAUUUCUAUAUACUAUUACUGCAGUGACCUCUUACAGUUAAGUACCGCUUUUCGCAAUAUAUCAACAUCUUCGCUCUGUUGGUUAUUUAUUUAAAUACAAGUUGAGAAUUUCCUGCCUGGUAAAAAUCGGCUGUUAAUCAAGGAUUCAGUUCACUUUGCUUUGUAUUUAUAAUUUAUAUCAAUAUUCUUUUAUAUAUGUAUAUAUUGAUGUUCACGUUAAGAAAAUUUUGCAUAGGAAAAUCUUUUUUAUACAUGAAUAUAAUAAAUUCUUGAACAAAUGAA